AUGAACUUAAAAGAAUAAGAAUCAAUUAAUGAUUAUUUUAAAGAUGAUUCAAAAUUUAUAGGGGAAUUCUAAUUGCCUGAUUAUAAGGUUAUGCGUGGAUACAUCGGUGGAUAUGGAGAUGAAUUGAGACUCUAUUACACUAAAUUUGAUCCGCCAAAUAAAAAGGCAUCUUUGUGCAUAGUGCAUGGCUUCGGAGAACAUUAAGGAAGAUUUCUACACAUUGCUGACAUGUUUGCUAAAUUGAAUUACGCUGUCCAUCUAAUAGAUCUGAGAGGAUUUGGAUAUUCUGGAGGUCCAAGAGGAUCGUAAACCUUGAAGGAAUUACACAUGGACAUUGAAGUGUUACUGAGACAAGUAUCUAAAGAUAUCCCAUUAUUUCUUUAUGGACAUGCCAUGGGUGGUUUGCUCAUAAUCAGUUUUUUGAUUAGGAAUCCUCAAUUAAAAGUAAGAGGGAUCAUUACUACUGCUCCUAUGCUUGGAUUUCCCAUGGAUAGAAAACUUAAGGGGAUCAAAUAUAUAGCUGUGAAAUAUUUUGGACAUUACAUGGAAGAUUUAGUAAUCAAUACAAAAUUGAACAUAACUGGAAUGAGCAAGAAUGACCAACAUAUUUAAAGAUGUUUUGAAGAUAAAUUGAUGAUGCCUCUGCUAGGUAUUGGAAUGGCAAAAAGUAUUCUCGAAACUUUAAAUUAUAUGGAAUCAAAAGUCUAGACAUUCAAAUACCCCAUCUUAAUUUUACAUGGUAAACAGGAUGCUGUUUCGAGUUAUCAUGAAAGUGUAAGAUUUUAUGAAAAAUGUGGUAGUCAAGAUAAAUCUAUUAAAUUGUUUGAGAAUGGGUAUCAUGAAUUGUAACAUGAUUUUGAAUUUAUUGAGAUGAAAUAAAUAAUCAUUGAUUGGUGUUCUAUAAGAUUAUAGAAUGCUGGACCAUUUGGCAUUUUAUUGUAAUCUAGAUUAAAUUAUGAUUCUGCUGGGUGUACUUUUCGUGCUUGUGUAUUUUUUGGCGAUUUUCAAAUUCAAGAGAAGAUUCAAAAAAUAUUAAUAUCCGAUUAUUCCUUUGAUGAUAAUAUAUAGAUAUUAUAAUAAAAAUUUAUGAAAAAUUUUAGAAGAAACUUUAAUCAAUCCAAUAGACCUUUUAGAAAUAAUAAAGGACCAAGAUCAAAUUUCAAAAGAAAAUUCAGCAAAGAUGAUAGUGAUCGCAACAACAAUAAUCAAUCCGAUAGAAGACCAUUCAAAAGCAGCUUUAGAUUCAAAAAGUCUGGUAAAUUUGAUGCAUUCAGAACUGGAAAAAGAAGAUUUAGAAAGUUGUCUGAAAAUAAAAGUGAAAACUUAGAAAAUAAAUUGGAUAAACAAUUAGAAUAAUAUAAGAGCGGCUAAUAAGUAGUAGGAAACAGUGCCUCUUCUAAAUUAGACAAUGCAUUAGAUACAUAUUUUUCAAGAAAAGGAUCAAACACAAAAGAAAAUAACUUAGAUAGAGAUUUAGCAAGCUAUUGGAAAAAAAAUAAUUGAUAAAUGUUAAAAUAUUCAAUAUAAUCAAAGAUAUAUAACACAAGAACA